AUGCUUGUUGGCGAGUUCCUGCACAAGCUGUAUGGCGGCCAUACCAGCAUCCCUGUGAAAUAUGGGCAUCAUCGAGUCGAGGAGGGUGCUGGCGAGCAAACUGGAAAUAUUUUGAAGCUAUCACUCACCAUCGCGGACGAAAAUUCGAUGACUCUUGAUGCCGCCCUCCAGAGUUUCUGCCAAAAGUUCUUCGAUACUUCCCGUCAUACCGCCUGCGGCAUGCUCUCAAAGUUCGGCAUAUGGAUGCAGUUACUCAAAGCCGAGGAGCUCUCGGGUAUGGAAGGAGACCUGGCUGCGAUUCGAAGCAACCAAUCUAUAAGAGACUGGCAACCGGUUUGGUACAACAGCUUGCUCUUUGCUCUCUCUCUAGGCCAGCACCACUACGAUGGAACAUUUGGGGUUUCACGUGUGCAGGAUAUGGUCGAAAGCCCUGCCAUAGUGGCCGUGGCUGAUGGUAUUUUGUUGGCGAUUGCGGUGAGAAACGAGUCGGCACGUGGUCGCGGGGUCGGCUCUAUGGCGCGCGAGGGGUGCCAAAAUUUUGUGCAGACUAUGGAGCGCGUGGAGAACAUAUUGAAAGAAACUCCUGCCCCAGGUCGACCACAGAUGGAGCUCCACCGAGACGCUACAGAACAACUUAUCCGGCUCUUCGAGACUGGUUUCAAAACUGUGACGGUUUGCAAAGACGCUGUACUGGCCUUUAGAAAAGCGAGAACAGAUUGUGCGGCGGAAGUGCUGAAUGCGGCACGAAUCGGCUUCGGCCAAACCAUGAGAAUGCGCCCGCAAGGGAUAGCUGGAACCCCCGGGAGCAAUACCAUCUUCCAAAACGCCAUGUCUUUGGCCCCAGCUAUAGUAGCAUUAGUGGGCGUGGCUUUCUGGGUCAUCCAGACAGUUCGAAAUACAACGCAGGAAACCAAAUGGGCUAAAGUUGCCACUUACAUUGCAGCAAGCAUGCGAAUUGCCCAAUGUUGCGAAGUUCACCUCAGAUGGACUUACAACUCAGGAGUUGGUAAUGGAGACCACUCUCCUCAAUACUACAAUGAGCUUCGGAAUUUGAUGGAGGGUAUGGAAGUAAGAGAACCGCUUCCAGAAGAUUGUACUCCUGAGGCCGUCCGUGCAAAGCUAAUACAGUACGCCGAGACACUCAAUUCAACGAAGGAGGAUAUCAUUGCUUGUUUACAUUAA